AUGUUGUUGUCUGGGGAAGGCGUCGUGACGAGAGCGAGGAAGAGGAAGGUUGGUGAGAGAGAUUCUUUGUGGGAUUUGGUCGUGAAGAACGACGAUAUAAGUUUGACGCAUAUCGUUCCGAGAUUGAAUGCGACGGACGUGAAAUUCUUGUACGAUGUGAAUAGUGAAACGAGAAAGUUGAUUAAGAGAUCGUCUCGCGCGGAUGAUUUGAAAAGGAAGUUUAAAGUGAAAGAGAUGUCGUCGAUAUCUACGUUGGAGUUUGCUUGGGAGAAUAAAUCGUUGUGGUCGGGAAUAUACUUGUACGACGAACCAUAUUUCUGCUUUCGAGUUGCUCUAACGAAUAAACUCGAGUUGCUCAAGUGGGCGCGAGAGGAGAAAAAGUGUGAGUGGGAUCAUAUGACGAUUAAUAGGGCCGCAGAACAAGGCAAUCUGGAAAUGGUAAAGUAUUGCGUUGUAAAUGAGUGUCCUAUCGAUGAGUGGACGUGUGCAUACGCUGCCGAAAACGGUCAUCUCGAGUGCCUCAAAUACUUACACGAAGAAGUCAAAGCGCCUUGGGAUUGGAGAACUGCCACAAGGGCGGCUAUAUAUGGUCAUCUACAUAUACUCGAAUAUCUUGUUGAGCGUAAGUUUGAUAAAUAUAGCGAAAGUGCGUGUUGGUAUGCAGCCGAGUCCGGCCACUUGGACUGUUUGAGGUACUUACACGAAACCGCCAAAGCGCCUUGGGACGAAGAAGCGGUACGCUACGCGCACAAAUACAACCAAACCGACUGCGUACAAUACCUCCUCGACAACGACUGCCCUUUACCACACGGUUGGCGAUACGAACGCGGCGAGUUAUACGCGUCGUAA